UCUCUCACUCUCUCUCUCUCUCUCUCUCUCUCUCUCUCUCUCUCGCUGUCUCUUCUCAAGAUGGACGGGAAACCAUGCUACUGCACACAGGAUCCUGAAGUGAGAAAAGGACCAUGGACCCUUGAAGAGGAUCUGAUUCUGAUAGACUACAUGACCAAUCAUGGCGAAGGCGUAUGGAACUCUCUUGCUAAAGCUGCUGGUCUACAGCGCACCGGAAAGAGCUGCCGGCUUCGAUGGUUGAAUUACCUCCGCCCCGACGUCCGGAGAGGUAACAUCACUCCCGAAGAACAGCUCUUGAUCAUACACCUGCAGUCCAUGUGGGGAAACAGGUGGUCCGAAAUUGCGAAGCACUUGCCGGGGAGGACCGACAACGAAAUAAAGAACUACUGGAGGACCAAGAUCCAGAAACAAAUGAUAAAGCAAUCAGAAACUGAGAUUAAUGAUCUUAUUAAUCCUCCAUCGUCUGCGAGCGCGAGCGCUAAUCAUUGCGGGGUCUCAGCCGCAGAUACGACGGCAAUCGCCUAUUCUCCGGCGCCGCCGUCGGAUCGAGGCGACCUCGGCGGAAUCACGGUCACGCCCCCUCCGCCUUCCCAAGCGCCGAACCCGAACGACGGCGUUUGCUGGGGCGUGGAGGAUCUCUCGCCCAUGUAGUCACUAAUUGGUGGUAUUGGCCAUGAUGCCUAAUAUUAUCCCGUCCAGCUUUAAUUAAACCGGCAAAUCGUGACAUGAUCAACAAAGAAAAGAAGGGCUCUGAUAUUGGGUCUGUACGUUGUAGCUUGCUAGGUAGGUCUUGUAGUUAUAGAGAAAAGGCCACAACAUAUUAUUAUUUCAUACGUGAUAUGUUUUGUACAAUCAAUUGUGGCUUGUGCAAGUGUAUUUUAACUAGGUUGUAGCAGCGGCAACAAAUCUAUUGGAAUAAGAACUUAGAGAUGUUUUCUGUACAA